AUUAAUCUCUGAUGUUUGGUUAAUUAGAUGUCUGCUAUAUUCUAUUGGGAACAUAAACGUCAAAUCGAAGUUACGAGACUGUAAAAGUUCGCGUUUAACAAUGUAACGGAGAUAGAUGAAGACUAUAAAUUAGCAGAUGUCUGGAAACUAAUUUAUGUGUCUUUAAGGGAUAGCUGGAAACGGAACCGUUGGUGCUGCUAUUGUAAAUAAUUCCUGCAAUGGAGAAAUCACCAAAAUAUUUGCUGCGGCGUUCUUUGGGCAAUGAAGCUGUACAGGUAGUUGUAAGAUGUCGUCCCAUGAAUGAGAAAGAGAUGUCAAAUGGGUACAAGCGUGUCAUCGAAGUAUGGCCAGCACGAGGUGUUGUGGAAAUAACAAAUCCUAAAGAUGAUACUAAGGAAAGUGCAAAAGUUUUUACUUUUGAUGCUGUUUAUGAUUGGAACUCCAGACAAGAAGACUUGUACGAGGAAUCUAUCCGACCUUUGGUUUCCUCGGUUCUUGAUGGUUUCAAUGGUACAAUUUUUGCCUAUGGACAAACAGGAACUGGGAAAACAUACACAAUGGAAGGUUCGAAGUCAGAUUCUUCUCAAAAGGGUGUUAUACCAAAAUCUUUUGAGCAAAUUUUCAAUUAUAUAUCCCGCUCAUCAAAUAUGCAGUAUUUAGUUCAUGCAUCAUACCUGGAAAUAUACCAGGAAGAAAUAAGGGACCUUUUAAAUCCAGACCACGCACAACACCUUGAACUCAGAGAGAAGCCAGAUGUUGGAGUUUAUGUCAAAGAUAUUUCAUCGUUUGUGUGCAAAAGUGUCCAUGACAUUGAACAGGUCAUGUUCCUUGGAAAUAUGAACAGAAGUAUUGGAGCUACAAACAUGAACGAACAUAGUUCCCGUUCUCACGCCAUAUUCAUGGUAACUAUUGAAAUGGGAGCAACGGGAGCAGCAUUAAAAAAGGUUAUUCGUGUGGGGAAGCUGAAUUUGGUGGAUCUCGCUGGCAGUGAAAGGCAGAGUAAAACGGGAGCAACGGGCGAAAGACUUAAAGAAGCUUCUAAGAUUAAUCUUUCCUUGUCAGCUUUAGGAAAUGUUAUAUCAGCUUUGGUGGAUGGCAAAACUUCACACAUUCCAUAUCGGGAUUCAAAAUUAACCAGGAUAUUGCAAGAUUCUUUGGGAGGAAAUUCAAAGACUGUGAUGAUUGCAAACAUUGGUCCAGCAAGUUAUAACUAUGAUGAAAGUCUGACUACCCUGAGGUAUGCCAAUCGAGCGAAAAACAUUAAAAAUAAGCCUAGAGUGAAUGAAGAUCCUAAAGAUGCAUUGUUGAGAGAAUACCAACAAGAGAUUUCUCGGCUGAAGAAACUUCUGGCUGAGAAGCAGUUGAACAGAGUUCUGGACAUGCAGAGUGAGAAAGGUAAGAAAGGAGGGAAGCAGAUGUAUGGUGACGACUCGGAGCUGUCCAAUGACGAAUGUUCAGACGAACAGGAUAACAAGAAGAAGAAACUGCUGAACAUUUCAGCCCAUGCGCUGCCAGAGGACAAGCAGAAGAUAACUGAAGAACUGAAGCAAAGGAAAGAGCAGAUUGCGAAAGAGAAGCGGGAAGCGGAAGAACUGCAAGCGCAGAUAACGUUCAUGGAGAGCAGCUUGCUGUGUGGGGGCAAGAACAUAGUGGACCACACAAACGAACAGCAGAGGGCUCUGGAACAGAGACGCCAGGAGAUUGCAGAGCAAAAGAAACGGGAAGUAGAAAUGAGGCAGCAGCUAGAAUUGCAAGAAGAGUCCGCUGUGGAAAUUCGUGAGACUUACACAAAUUUGCAGCAAGAAGUAGAAGUGAAAACUAGAAAGUUGAAGAAACUUUUUUCAAAACUGCAAGCCACGAAGCAAGAAAUUUAUGAUGUAACUGAAGAGUUCAAUCGCGAUCGCCGAGAACUGGAGCUUACACAGAAUGAGUUGCUCAAAGAAUUAAAGAAGAAAUGUGUGAUAAUAGAAAAUUUCAUUCCGUGUGAUGAAAAAAACAAGCUAAUUGUUCGCAUAUACUAUGAUGAAGAGAAUGAUGCAUGGUGUAUGAUGCCGUUGAAGGCAGAAGAAAGUCUGUUCUGCAAACGCCCAGUAAACAACGAAGGAAGCAGGCGGCCUGUGUCUGAUUAUGGUCGCGUUGCAAUCAAGGUGGGCCGUGAUCAUCGCUAUCACGGGGAAAAUGUAAUAAAUGUGGAACUGGACAGCCACACACGGACUACAGGCGACUACCACGGGCCGGCUGUAGCUCCUAAGAUCCAAGCUGUCUUGGACGAAGCACUCAAGGACGAGGGAGAUAUAGAUGUCGAUGCAGCCUCGUUGUGCAAUAGCCAUGUUUUCAAAUCGAAGCUUUAUCGCAAGAAUUACAGCAAAGACAAGUUUUUAAAAAUUAAUAACAUCAGAAACGGCACGUACACAACCCCAGCCAGAAAUGGCCUGUACGUGCAGUCACAGUUGCCGGUGUUUCCGAAGACUCGAGGUCUUGUUCCGAAGUAGCUGGUGUGUUUUCACAUCAGUCGUGGCUGCUGGAGCCAUGCUGCAGAGGUCCACACCCUGUGGUGUUACCUCGCUCGUGUCGGACUUCUGUCGUCGGAGAUGAGCCCGCCAGUGGAACUUGUCUGUGCAGCAACGAAGGUGCAGUGUACUUCAAGAACAUGUCCGAUAACAUUUUAUCCUGCCAUGAUAAUUUGAGUGUGCAUAAAUCUAGUCACAUAAUUAAAAGUGAUAUAGUUAUUGAUAGCUUAAACCAUCUCAAUAUUAUUUGUUAUUUCAUUUAUUUGUUUAGGAUAAUGUAUGUGGUUCAAGUUGUAGUCACAGGUGUAAUCUCACUUUUGAAUAGUUAAUUUAGAUGUUUACAUGAUGAAACAUAGCUGCUUUAAAGGAUUAGAAUUGGGCAGCUUUAUCAAGUACCAUUUUGUUGGUGAAAUUGUGUCAUAUUAUUUUAAGAAGCUUUUUGUUGUUAACAUUUAAAGAAGAUGAUUUAUAAGUGUGGUAGUUUAGGUCUCCUGUUUUAGUGAGUGAUUUUCAUUAUGAAAAAAAAAUCACUUCAGUAGGGUGAGAGGAGUCUUUUCACAAUGUAACAUUUUGAAGAAACACAGCAAGAGUGCAUUUAUUUUUAUCAUAUCCAAACUUUUAUUCAGUUAAAAGGAAUUUUUUUUUUAUUAAGUUGGGAGCUGGUUACUAAUAUCGGUAGACUCCCGGUAAAAUGAGGCGGUCUGGGGAGAUACCUUACUCGUGCGUUGUAGAUUAGCCAUGCCAUUGAGAAGUACACCUGUCCAAUGACCAAAAAAUUUUUCAAGCAUUUAAAGAAAGUGUGGUAUUUUUCAGGCAGCUGUAGAAGCAUGCACACAUCCUCCUAACUUUGCUUCAGGCAGCCAAUUAAUGUGUACUAUCCGCAUGUGGUGUGAUUUUGUAUACUCUGCUUUUUAAAUAAACUAUCCGCAUGUGGUGUGGUAAAAUGAGGCGGUCUGGGGAGAUACCUUACUCGUGCGUUGUAGAUUAGCCAUGCCAUUGAGAAGUACACCUGUCCAAUGACCAAAACAUUUUUCAAGCAUUUAAAGAAAGUUUGGUAUUUUUCAGGCAGCUGUGUGUGUGUGGGUGUGCAUAUAUACACAUACAUACAUGCACGCUAACACUGGAAUAAGGCACAUACCCUUUGUUGAGUUUUUUUGCAGUUAUCACCGGAAUAGGGUUUUAUUUCUCAUCACUAACGAAUAAAUACAAAAGAAGCAGAAUGGAACGUAUCAUGGUCAUCAUCAUCCGCACACAGCGACAGUGAGUCCAUGUGAGUGGUGUCCGAAGGUGGAAUGUAGACGUGCAUCCAUGGUUAUUGUUGACGAAGAUACUAAAAACUUUUCCAUUUUAUUUUUUUUUUCUGGUGAGGGACACAAUUCUACCUGUGGUACAUAAUAACUGAUGUUAUACCAAACCGCAUUGUAUCGGGCUUCUACUGUAUGUAAUCAUUACCCAGUAACAGUAUUAGGUCACUAGUUUCUACUGAUUAAACUGGUUUGUUGCAUAAACCUAAUUAACCAUGUUCCAAAUUGUGAGAAUUGAAAAUGUAGCAGAAAAGAGGAAAAACAUUUAUUAAAUUGGUCAUUUUGUUUGCCAUAACAUAUAUAUAAUGUGCAUCAUUGGCUGUCAUACAGCAGUACUCUAACCAAGUUUUUUUUUUACUGAUAAAAAUAUUUUAAUAUAAUAAUAACACUUGCAAAUUUAGAAAUUAUGUUCAUAGCAAUGGAUGUGAAUUCUUGAGUGUAGAAUUGUAGACCCUGAUUACAAAUAAUUUACCUGAUUGAAUGAUGACUUGUUGUGUACAAUUUUAUAUUACUGUUAUAGUCUAUUCAUAGUAGUUGUUUUCAAGUUUUCUGAAUGCCUUAUUGAUAAGGACAAGAUUAUAUGGUGAAUUACGAUAAAACCGAAAUAACACCGAAAAGCAUGUCAAAACACUGAAAUACAGCAUCAAAAUGUAAGUUAUAUCAUGGAAUAAGUAGCGUUUAGCCAAAACUUAAUUCAAAUCAUAAAAAAAAUGAAUCUUUAAAUGUUUGAAAUUCAAGGAAUAUCAUUUCCAGACAAAAAAUUAUACCAAACUGCAUGGAUCAAAACUAACGCAAACAGAUGAAUGGUGAAACGCGAUUCUCAGAUGGCUUGCCACUUGCCACCGAACAGUGCGGCUGAAUGCAGAUUGGGUACUCGCCGUCUGUAUCGUCGCAUGUCCCAGCGAGUGCCUUGUCUGGACUCCUAGCUGUCUCGUCCGCCGUCUCCUAGCUCUGCAGCACGGAACCCAGUGAGCAAGCUGGUAGAUAUUUAGUAACAGAUCCCAAACCCAUGACACAUACGGGUCUCUCUUCGGACUGGCAACUACUCAUCGAACGAGCGGGUACAGAUGUUGGAUCCGAUCCCGUGCUCGAGUGGUGACGUCUGUGGCAGCUCGGGUGUCAACCCCGGGGGCUACUCGCUGCUGGUCAUGUUACUCACCUAGCGAGUAACGACUCGUGGGUAGAGGACUCGAACCCGUUCCAUCAAGGCGAGUCUCUCAACACCCGUUAAGUUUCCUCGGUGUGCCUGAUGUCGUGACUCCUGACGUCCCGAGUCUCGGGCAGCCUGAUUGACGGCCUUGUCUGCUGCCUUGCAUGCAGUCAUGGUUGAAACCACUGAGAAUAUUCUGAAUCUAGGUCUCACUGAGCUCAGGCCUGUUGCAUUGCAUUAUACUCACUCCCGCGGCACGUUAGACUCAGUCAGGCGAAUCGCUCUGCUGGUCGGGAAAAGAGGUAAUGGGCAUGUUACAUAUUUUUUACGGAAACAUGCACCGGACUGUAAAAAUAUUAAAUUUCGUUUGCCAAAAAUGUGACACUUUAUUUUAAAGAGUUCUUUUUCUUGUUAGGCAUUGUAUUGCGCAGAAUUACAAUAAUUUUUUUGCUUAUUUUUAGGUGUUUAUCGUCACAAGUUUCUACUCAGGCAUGCGUCAGUUUAACCCCGAACUGUUAUUUUAUAAUAGUCUCACUAGUAAGUAUAUUAUUUUCUCUCAAAUCGUAAAUGAAUUGGAGGGUAACUUGCACCAUGUAUAGGUUAGGUCGAGCAAAGUACAGUGUUUAGGCCCAGUCUUCAGCUAAUUUGAACAUUAUUUACACAUAAUUCCAUAUAAUUUUAACUGAAUACACGUGCAUGGUCAAAUACUAAUAUUUCAUAGCAAUAUCAUCACGUUUUCUUAUAAAUAAUACACUUUCUUCUCAGGCACGACAUGUUUUGCAAACUCAAAUUUGGUUUUGGCUAUUGUAGUCUAUUAACCGUGUAUUCCGAGAUACUUUUCAUUUCAACAGCAGUCCCUGUUUAAAGGAGCUGGUAACAUGAGAAGUAAGUAGGCCUCAAAGUUUGCGUAUUGUAAUGAAAAUAGUAGCAGUGAAAAUGCGAACUCUGUGUGAUGCAUGGUUCUCGAGAUGUGAGCGUGCGAAGUGUGGAAAGCAACAGGACGCGACCGCACUAGUGGCCCAGAGCCAAGCUCACCCCUGUCUAGCUUACGGUAUGCGUUGGGCGUUGUUUCCUUUUGUUGGUGAGUUCUUGUGGUGAAAGGUGAAAUAAUGUGUAGCUUACUAAGUAGUUUAAAGAUGCUUCGUGUUGGCCUGCAGAUAAAGCAAUAAGUAUCCUUCCAUAAGUGUCUGUCCUGUGAAAAAUCAGCAGUUGGCUAUAAGCUCUAAACAAUGGGUGAAGAAAUUCAGCUGGGAUUGCUUUGUACCAAAUAAAUACACGAAUGUUUGUUGUGUUCACUUUCAAGAUAAUUCAUUUGAACUGUCCUUUAAGGACAAAUUUUCUUUUUGACGUGACAACGUCUAAUAAAUCGAUGAACGCCGGCUGCACGCACGAAAAAGUGUCCCACUAUGGAUGUCCCACUACGGAUGUUCCUGUUUGCUCAUUGUACGCAUGCGUGGCAUCUCUCUUCAUGCUCAUUGUACGCAUGCGUGGCAUCUCUCUUUAUGCUCAUUGUACGCAUGCGUGGCAUCUCUCUUCCACUCGAUUGGAGGGACCAUCGAUUUGACUUUUCAAUCAUAUUUUCGUCGUUUGAAUUAUUAAUAUUAUGUAAUUUAACGAUCGUCCACCGAUUUUCAGAACAAUCAGUACGGUUAUUUAAAAGUAAUGUUGAAUUUUCAAAUAUGUUUUGAACCAACAAUGGUGUUUUACAGUUACACAUAAUAAUUCAAAUUACAACCGGGAUCUUUUGCACAAUGUUUUAAAAAAUAUUGUAACACCUUUGGUGUAUUUGGGAUGCGUAUUUGUUAUAAAAUCGAGUUAUUAAAACGAAAUAAUAUUAUUCCCCUGCCGUGAACAAAAUUUUUAUAACUGUGUAUAUAAUAUCUGAAACUGUUAAUAAUUUAAUAUGGCCUCGUGGCUGAGUAGUCAGCGGCGCUAUUUUCUAAUUGUAAGGGUGUCGGUUCAAAUCCCGGCAGGUUUUUUUUUUUUGAACUUGUAAAAAUAAAUACGGCGCAUGUAACAUUUCAAAAGUAAUAAAUAUAUUUGAAUAAUGAAUGCAAAUAAAAGUAAAUUUAUUAAUUAAAUCGUACAUUUCAUUUCACUCCUUUGUAUCCAUACAAAAUAGUGAUAAUUCAAUAAAAAUGAUACAAUUUUAUUCAUAAAAGUAUGCAGAGGUAGAUUUUAUCAUACAAAAGAUAGAAAAAUUUAAAAAAAUUCUUCCUCAAAGAAUAUAAUAUUUUUAAUGCCUAAAUGGUUUGGUUGCAAAAACCUAUUACGGCUCAGUCUCAGGCCGAAUAUGAUAUUUCCUUUUCUUCUGGAUCAAUCAUUUCAUCAAUGUUUUGUUAUGACGUUGUCACGUUAAACUAUCGUCCGUAAACCGACUUUACAGACAACCAAUUUUUUUCAAGAAUGUGUGCACCAGCUGAGUUAAAAUGGUAGUUAGAGCAGUGAAAUCAUUGAUUUAGUUUUAUUACAUAAAGGAAAAGUGGAUGGUGAACUUGAACAAUCUACACGUGACAUUUCGUUAGAAAAACGUGACACAAAAAUUUCAUGUGACCUUUUUUGUUUGGUUUACCUAAGUGGGUUCUGGAUAUUCUUUUCUUGUUCCCUAAACACAGACAGAGAUUACUUGUUAUUUUUUCCCCAAUAGGAGCCCAAGGGUUUACCCACUUCACAAUUUGUAUGUAUGUAACAAACCGUCAUACCCUAUUUGUAAUGUUCCUAGGUCUUGCCUUUCAAACUCUGUCGUAGCAUGUAACAUCAUGGUAUGGCUGGCCAUGUUUAAAGUAUCUCAAAAUAAAUUAAUGUAAAGGAAUGCCACAUGGCGAGUAAUACGCACACCAGUCUCUCGAAGGUUGGACAUGUGUUCAAUCUCGUGACAAUACACGUUUCCUUAACAGUUUUUCCCUUGCAACAUGCUCUUCACAUCCACACCAGUUUGUGUUCGUUUGCCUCAUCGCUGCUGGUUCCAGUUCAUCUGCUUCUGGAUUAAACAUAUAUGGAUGCACAUUUUCAGUGUUCAUUUUCACUACAGUAAUGUUUAGGUUUUCAAAGAAUACAAAAACAAAACAGUUGGAUAGAAACAACGAAACCAGUGCCAUUGAAAUACGCCGUGGCGGCGUGUGGCUGGCCGAGCCAGGGAACAUAUCUCCGCUCCUGAGAAGCACAUAGUUCUCAGAGUUCUUUCCCAACACCCCUCGUCGAGUGUUUGUUAGAGUCACGUCACAUGUGAAAAUUGAGUUUCGUUUGGUGCCAACUCCUUUAAAUGUUAUUGUUUUACUAUGAACUGUUGUUUCAAUAACUUAAAAACUGUUUUACUGUAAUUUUGACUUGCUCAGUGGCCACAUAUGUAUAAUUGUUAGGGACCGGAAAAAUUUGCGGGUUCAAUGACCUGUAGGAUGAACUCCAUAGUUCUACGUACACUCGGUCAAAUGUGACCCACUUAUUGGCUGCUGUCUUGUGAAACAUCCCAACGUAGCAGCCUGUGAUUCGAUAAAGCUUUGGCCGGGUGUUUCUCAUUGGCCCAGCGUCAUCCAGGUGAGUUGUGAGCCAAUAGCAGAGGCUGCAUUGUGGUAUAACUAUUUGUAUUUUAACCUAUUGCGAAAUGAACUCACGAAUUUUUCUGGUCUCUAAUAAUUGGUUAUAAUUCUGUUGGUUAAAAUAGUAUAUUUUUAAUAGAACAUUAGGUUGUUUGUAUAGGAGACUUGUUAACAUUAUUUCUGCAUAAUAUCCUAGAAGGUGAAAUGAGUGAUCUUAGUUAAAUGAUCAUGUUUUAAAUGUAGGUUUUAACUCAACUUAAGGAAAAAUAGAUUCUCCAACAUCCCAGAGGUGGUGUUCCUCUUCUGUACUGUUAUUGUAUUACUGUACAGACAAAUAGCCUGUAAUAUUUUUUUCUAAGCUUUUACAUUUUAUGACAAUUCUAGCUUAAUAAGUUAGUUAAAUUUAAUAUUUUUUUUGCUGAAAUGUUUAAUAAAGUAAUUCAUAUAAAUAUUUCCUAUCAUUGUGCAUGCUUUGUUAUUGAUAACAGAAGAGAUUGCAAUUGUGCUAUUAUUUUACUACCACAAAGCAAACCUAUCAAUUGUUAUAAAAAAAGUUUUUACAAAAUAUUGUGUUCUCAUGCCAGAAAGUUGACCAGAAUUAAAUAUUUGUAACACACUAUUUAUAGAUACAUGUCUGUAAGUAACUUAUUUUUUUUUUACUGGCCAGUUAUAGAAGCUAUUUAAAAUCUUAAAAAGUAUUACUAGGAACCACGAUUUUGUCAUGAACAUUUGUUGUCUCUUGUUUUGUUAAGUUUAGACUCAUUUAAUGUAGACGUACUAACUAGAUACAUUGUUCUGGAAAAGUAAUAAUCAUAUUAUGAAAAAUUUAUCUUAUAAAGUUUAAAUAAAAACAUUAAAAAAAAUAUAUUUGUAUUUUCACAAACAUUUGAAUUCAGAUAGACGAGGAAUAACGGUCAAAUAGUCCUUCUGUGGACAUAAAGUAUUUUACAUGUUACUUUUUUGAACUAAACAGAUUAUUUUACAUUUAAUUAUUAUUAAAUCUUUACAUUUUUAUUUUGUGUGUGUGCUUGAUUUCUGAAGACUGCACAGUGAUGUUCCUAUUUGUUGUAUGCAAUUUUCUCUGUGUAGUGUUCCAAAAUGCUCUGUUAUGUCAUUUUGAAUUUUUGUGGUUGAUAAUUGUGUAAACAGCUAAUAUUUUUGUUAUAUGUGUUGCCAGUCAUUUUUUAGUGUGAAAUAUUUAUAAAUAGAACAUAAAUCAGUUAAAAUGUUGGCUUUUUUUGUUGAUUUUAUCUGUCAAGCACAACCAUGUAUAAAAAUAAACUAGCACCAUACUUACUUGUUUGCAAUAAAACCUUUAAAAAUAUAUACAGCAGUUAUUUACUAAAGCUAUUGGAAUGUAAUUUUACUGGAUUUUAUUUGCAAUUAUACCCACCUUUCCAGGUGAAGUCAUAAUUUAUUCCAGGAAAAUAGAGCUUGUUCCAGUAAAAUGCUUUUUUGUCUCGUAAGAGUGUCUACCAUCAAAAUAAUUCAUAAUACAACCACUGAAGUACGUUUGUUUACUCCUACUUUUAAUCAUGACAUUGUAUUCAAAUUAUUAGUGAUGCAUCUAAAUACAUUUAAUAGUGUGGUAUAACUGGGGCAGGGAAAAUUUUUAAAAAUCAUUUUUACCAAAUAUUUAACAUUCAGAAAAUUUUGAAAAAUAAGUCCCAAUAGGCCGGUGUUAUCCCCAGGUAACAUAAACAACCACCGGGAGGUUUUUCGGCUAGGUCUAGAAUUCACACAGUUUCUUAAAGUGAAAGCACAAAAAAUAUGAAACACCAUAAGCUUCCAAAAAUUAAAAUAAUUAAAAGCUAUAU